AUGCUGCGGCUGGGGCCGCUCGCUGCUGCCCGCUGCCUGCGGAGCCUCUCCCUGCUCUGGCCGCCCCGUUCGCCGGGGCCCCUCGGUGGCUGCGGCCUCCUUUCCCGGCGGGUGCGGGGAGCGCUUGGGGGCUCGGCCGGCGGCGGGCGGAGCUUGGUUCUGAAGACCCCCAAGGGCACCCGCGACCACCACCCCGCUCACGUGGUGCUCCGUGACCGGCUUCUCGCCACCGUGAUCGCCUGUUUCAAGCGGCAUGGGGCCGCCCCCCUCGACACUCCCGUGCUGGAGCUACGGGAGACCCUGGUCGGGAAGUAUGGGGAGGGAGCGAAGCUCAUCUACGAGCUGCAGGACCAGGGAGGGGAGCUGCUGGCCUUGCGCUACGACCUGACUGUGCCCUUUGCUCGCUACCUGGCCACGAACAAGCUCAGCACCAUGAAGCGCUACCAGGUGGCCAAGGUCUACAGGAGGGACAACCCUGCCACGACCCGGGGCCGCCACAGGGAGUUCUACCAGUGCGACUUUGACAUUGCUGGACAGUUUGACCCCAUGAUUCCUGAUGCUGAGUGCCUGAAGGUCAUGCAUGAGAUCCUGAGUGACCUGCAGCUUGGGGACUUCAUCAUCAAGGUCAACCACAGGCUGGUUCUGAAUGGUGUCUUCGCUGCCUGUGGCAUCCCAGAGAGCAAAUUCAUCUCCAUGUGCUCCACCGUGGACAAGCUGGACAAGAUGUCGUGGGAGGAGGUGAGGAGCGAGAUGGUGGCAGAGAAGGGGCUGUGCCCCGAGGCCGCGGAGCGCAUUGGGGACUACGUCCGGCUGCAGGGUGGCCUGGAGCUGAUUGAGCAGCUCCUGCAGGACCCAAAGCUGUCCCAGAACAAGCUGGCCAGGGAGGGGCUGGGGGACAUGAAGCUGCUGUUCGAGUACCUGACCCUGUUUGGCAUCACUGGCAAGAUCCGCUUCGACCUGAGCCUGGCGCGGGGCCUGGACUAUUACACAGGGGUGAUCUACGAGGCUGUGCUGCUGCAGCAGGAGGGGCAGGCUGGGGAGGAGCCCCUGGGCGUGGGCAGCGUGGCCGGCGGCGGGCGCUACGAUGGCCUGGUUGGCAUGUUCGACCCCAAGGGCCGCAGGGUGCCCUGCGUGGGGGUCAGCAUCGGCAUCGAGAGGAUCUUCUCCAUCCUGGAGCGCAGGCUCAAGGCUUCUGGUGAGAAGAUUCGGACGACUGAGACCCAAGUGCUGGUGGCCACACCUCACAGACACCUGCUGGCUGCCAGGCUGCAGCUCAUCUCUGAGCUGUGGGGUGCAGGGAUCAAGGCAGAGAUGCUGUACAGGAAGGAUCCCAAGCUGCUGAAGCAGCUGCAGUACUGUGAGGACACAGGCAUCCCCCUCGCUGCCAUCGUGGGAGAGCAGGAGCUGGCAGAUGGAGUUGUCAAGCUGAGAGAUGUCAGCACCAGGCAGGAGGUUGACAUCCCAAGAGCAGAGCUUGUUGAUGAGAUCAGGAGAAGGCUGGAGCCCUAGGACUUCCCUGGCCAGAGCUGCUUGGCUGGGCUGCUGUACAAGCGGAGUCCUCCAGCACCCUUAGCCAUGCACCUACCACUGAGGUCUGGUCACCAUCCACUAGCCUGAGACUCACCUGCCUGGGCUGAGGCAGUGCCAGCAGGGGACAUCUGCUCAGAAAGGAGCAAGUGGGCUAGAAAAGUCACCAGGUUAACCUUGUGGUGAACUGCUCUGAAGGCUGGGUCAAGCUUGUGGGUUCUUAAUCUUGCAGUACCUGUCCCUCUGCAGCCAUUCCCAUCCACUGCAGGAGGCUGUGGUGGUGGCACCAGCAGGGAUGGACACAGUGCAGCUCAAGAAGGAGCAGCUCCAGAGUGUGAUGUGUGGGGGAAUCUGUGGUGUGCUGGGUGCCUGCAGGCUGAGGACACAGGAGAGGGUGCCAGUGGAAGGCUACCUCCACUCCUCUGAGAGCUGCAGGGGCCAGCCCCAGCCUGCUGCCAGGCUCUGACAUGGAGUAUGAGGCCAAAUGCUGGGCUGUGACAAGGGCCUGUGGGCACUGUGGGUCUGCUCAGGAAGGGACACGAGACAAGGGCUGGUGCAGCCAGGCAGGCAGGUUGCAGCAGGGGUGAGUGUGAAGAACUCUGGUUUUUUAUAGAUUAAAACCC